AUGGAUGUUACACUUCUGCUGUUAGCUCUGGGUGUUAUUGCUGCGAUGUUUGGUGUUGUGGCGACGAGGUUCGGUUUCCCCGGGUUCAACAAGAUCGCCCAGGUCGCGCUUGCUCUGGCGUUGCUCCCCGUCAUCUGCAGGUUCCAUCGGAAGCUCUACAUCAUUUGCAAAAUUCUGCCUCGCGACCUGAAAGAGAAUUUGAAGGUGCAGAGCAAUUAUAUUACUGUGUAGAAAGCUAGUCGGAUUAAUUUUUUGUCGAACAUUUUUCUCUUUCAUCAAAUAAUCGUAGAAUCGACGAUUUAAUUGAAGAUCGAAUGUAACAACACUAGUUUUUAUCACGUCCGAGGGGAUCAUACUCGCUUGAAUUAUUUACAUGUACGUGCAUAGAUGGUAGGCCGAGUAGGUGUUAAGGCUUUUAGGAAAAUGAACAUUUAUUUAUAUAUAUAUAUUGAUCUUGUUUUAAAGUGCAUAAGGUCUUUGCAAGGCUAUCGCGCGGCGAGCUUAUUACUUACGAAUCAUUUGGUUACGUUUUAUCAAGUUUGCAGUUCAUAAUUCCAUUCUGUAAUUAUCAUGAAUGUCCAUUUAUUUAAGAUUCUGCAUUGCACGAGUUAUGAAAUCUAAAAUUUAUUAAAUUUAUUCUAAAUUUCAAACUUCUAAUAAUUAGGAGAGUUAAAUUUCUUAUUUCUAAAAUUUCAAAUAAUUUAUUCAGAUAUAGAUAACCAAGAAAUUACAAUGUGUUUACGUGCUGUUAAAACCAAAAAAAAAAAAAAGGAAAUA